AUGACGGACUCAGUGUCAUCACCGCCCAAGUCCGUCCACACAAUUGUGUUGGACGCCGGUCCUAUCCUCAAAAAUACCCCGCCGCUUUCUACCCUACUCGGCCAAUGUGAAGAACUUAUCACCACACCCUCUGUGGUUGCUGAGAUUCGCGACCCCGAUGCCCGUCUCCGUGUCGAGACCCUGUAUCUUCCGUUCUUGAAGCAGCGAUCGCCCACCCCCAAAAGCUUCAAUGUGGUCAGUGAAUUCGCCCGGAAGACUGGUGAUCGCAGUGUCCUGAGUCGAACCGAUAUCGAGGUGCUGGCGCUUGCCUAUGAAAUUGAGUGUGAGCGCAAUGGAGGCGAUUGGAGAUUGCGCAGUGUUCCUGGACAGAAGCGUGUCAACGGAAAGCCACCUGUGAAGGAGGAAGAGAAGGUGGAGGGUGCUGAGGCUAACGGCGUCGAUGCCGCUACCGAGAGUGCCCCGGAGGCUCCCGCUACAGAAAAUGUGGAGGAACCCAAGAACGAGGAGUCCGCCCCUCCGCAAGAGGAUGUGCCCACAAGUGAGGAUGUCGCUGAGCCCGCAGCUGAAGAGGAUACACCAGAGGAGGACCAGAAUGAAGAUGACGCUGCUGAUUCGGACGGCGGAGAAUGGAUCACACCCUCCAACUAUAAGAAGCGGCUGGCCCGCGACGACGCUGGUGCCGACUCUGCACCAGAGACGAAGACAAUGCAGAUCGCUACUAUGACCACUGAUUUUGCGUGCCAAAACGUUCUUCUGCAGAUGAACCUCAACCUGUUGUCAACGACAACCUUGCAAAGAGUCCAGCACCUGAAGACCUUCAUCAAGCGCUGUCACGCUUGCUUCUCCACCACCAAGGAGAUGAACAAGCAGUUCUGCCCUCGUUGCGGUAAAGACACACUCACCCGUGUUUCGUGCACUACUACUGCCAAUGGCCAGUUCACCAUGCAUUUGAAGAAGAACAUGCAAUGGAAUAACCGGGGUAACGUCUUCAGCGUCCCCAAGCCCACACACGGUAGUUCCAACGGAAAGUGGAAGGGAGGCGGUGGCAAGAACGGCUGGGGCAGAGAACUCAUUCUGGCCGAAGACCAGAAGGAAUACACUCGAUCCACUGCCGAGGAGGAGCGCCGGCAGCGACGGGAGCGUGACCUCAUGGACGAGGAUUACCUCCCCGGUAUCUUGACCGGUGAGCGGAACAAGAUGGGCGGCCGUGUGAAGGUUGGCGCCGGUCGUAACGUCAACUCUAAGAAGCGUUGA